UUGACCUAGAACAAUCCAAAGCUACAGUGCACACCAUCAGAAAAGCUUCCACUAAUAAUACAUUUGGUUCUAGGCAACUAAAAAACCACAGCAUGGAGCUCCGGAACUCCACCUUGGGAAGCAGCUUCAUCUUGGUGGGGAUUCUGAAUGACAGUGGGUUUCCUGAACUGCUCUGUGCUACAGUUACAGUCCUAUACAUGUUGGCCCUGACCAGCAAUGGCCUGCUGCUCCUGGCCAUCACCAUGGAAGCCCGGCUCCACGUGCCCUUGUACCUCCUGCUUGGACAGCUCUCUCUCAUGGACCUCCUGUUCACAUCUGUUGUCACUCCUAAGGCCCUCGCGGACUUUCUGCGCAGAGAAAACACCAUCUCCUUUGGAGGCUGUGCCCUUCAGAUGUUCCUGGCACUGACAAUGGGUAGUGCUGAGGACCUCCUACUGGCCUUCAUGGCCUAUGACAGGUUUGUGGCCAUUUGUCAUCCUCUGAAAUACAUGACUCUCAUGAGCCCAAGAGUGUGCUGGCUCAUGGUGGCCACAUCCUGGAUCCUGGCAUCCCUGGUAGCUCUAGGACAUACCAUGUACACUAUGCACCUCCCUUUCUGCAUGUCCUGGGAAAUCAGGCAUCUGCUUUGCGAGAUCCCACCCUUGCUGAAGUUGGCCUGUGGUGAUACCUCCAGGUAUGAGCUUAUAAUAUACGUGACAGGUGUGACUUUCCUCUUGCUCCCCAUUUCUGCCAUUGUGGCCUCCUACACACUAAUUCUAUUCACUGUGCUUCGUAUGCCAUCAAAUGAGGGGAGGAAGAAAGCUCUUGUCACCUGCUCUUCCCACCUGACUGUGGUUGGGAUGUUCUAUGGAGCUGCCACAUUCAUGUAUGUCUUGCCCAGUUCCUUCCACAGCCCCAAACAAGACAACAUCAUCUCUAUUUUCUACACAAUUGUCACUCCAGCCCUGAAUCCCCUCAUCUACAGCCUGAGGAAUAAGGAGGUCAUGGGGGCCUUGAGGAGGGUUCUGGGAAAAUACAGGCUGCUGGUACAUUCCACGCUCUAGGGAGGGAUCAUGGCUGCCUCUCACCAUUCCUGCUCCAAAUAAAAUUCUCUACUCACUCAUUCCUGCUCCAAAUAAAAUUCUCAACUCACUCAUUCUUCAAUACUAUACUUUCAGAUGAUACA